GGCUGCGGCCAAGUGAGCGUGGUUCCACUCACGCCGCGGUCCCGACCUCCGACUCCGAGGGUGACGCGGGCGCGUCCCUUCCUCUUCCUCCAUCUCUCGGGCCCCGCCUUCCCCUGCCUCCGCCCACCUCCCUGAAGCGGAGCCGCCGCCGCCAGCCGUGCCGUCAUGUCGGCCCCCGCCGGCUCCCCUCACCCGGCACCCAGCGCCCGGAUGCCGCCCAAGUUCGGCGCAGCAGCGUCCCCGGGAGCCGCGGGCCCGGCGCUGCCGCUGCCGCCGCCGCCGCCGCAGCAGCAGCAGCAGCAGAACGGUCCAGCACAGAGUCAAAUGCAGGCUCCAUCUGGGUAUGGAGUGCAUCAUCAAAACUAUAUGGCCCCCUCAGGACAUUACUCUCAAGGACCUGGGAAAAUGACCUCAUUGCCAUUGAAUAAUCAGUGUGCUGAUUACUACUCUGGUCCCUAUUCAGUACCAACACAAAAUAUGACUCCCAGCACAGCAAACCAACCAGGAGCACAGCAGAUGUAUGGCCGGGAUCCUCCUGCCCCUCAUAUGAUGGCAUCCACUCCAGGACCUUUCCAAGGUGCUGCCACAUCAGCAUCCCAUUUGCAUACGAGUGCCUCCCAGCCAUAUGCUUCUUUUGUGAAUCACUACAAUAGUCCAUCCAUGUACUCUGCCAACUCUUCUGUUGCUUCUCAGGGCUUCCCUUCAACUUGUGGUCAGUAUGCUGUGUCAGCUGUUUCGAAUGCUGCGUACCCUAGCGUUUCAUACCCGUCUCUGCCUGCUGGGGAUCCAUAUGGGCAGAUGUUUACCUCACAGAAUGCUCCAGCUGGCCGGCCAGCUAAAGAUUCAUUUGCUGGCCACAGUACAGCUGUGAGCCAUCCAUCACCACUUCCACCCCCACCUUCCCAGCAGCAGCAAAGUCUUUCAGGAUACAGUCCUCUUUCGUGGUCAGCUCCAGGCCUUCCAUCAAACCCACACAGCCUCAUCCAAAACAAAAUGGGAUCCCUCACUACAGCCAACAACAACCCAACAAAUACUGUUGCAGAUUCCCCAUCUUGUCCUGGUACACAAAAUGUUCUUCCUCCCAAGUCCAGCUCGGUGGCCUCCACUGUGCUGUCCAGAGCUUCACCAGCAAGGCUGCCUCCUGCUGCAAGACACCCAGGUGAACCUGCGGCCUCAGCUUCCCAACCCUCAGAGCAAGUACAGUCACCAGGCAUGCAGUAUGGUGAAUAUGUUAAUAAUCAAGCUAGCUCCACACCAACUCCCUUGUCAUCAACUUCCGAUGAUGAGGAAGAGGAGGAGGAGGAUGAGGAAGCAGGGGUGGACAGCUCUUCUACCACAAGCAGCGCUUCACCUGUGCCCAACAGUUAUGACGCCCUGGAAGGAGGCUGCUACCCAGAGAUGCAUUCAUCAGCCAGCAGCCCUGCUCCUGACCGCACCUUGGAACCCAAUUCCACCCCGGCUCAGGCUCUAGCUCCAGCUCCUGCCCCUGCUGCUUCUCAGCCCUCAAAAGUGGCAAAGCCCUUUGGCUAUGGUUAUCCGACCCUCCAGCCUGGGUAUCAGAACACGGCUACACCACCUCAUUCUGGAGUGCAUUCCAGCAGCCCAGCGUAUUCUGGAUUCCAGCAAUACCCUCAGAGGAUAGAUCAACCAUGGCAGGGAAAGCAUGGCAGCCAGCAGGAGCUGGUCAGGCCAGUCCAGCGAGGAAGCGGUGACUGUGAUGCUCAGCAGCCUUCUCCUCUUUCUACAUCUAGGAACCCAGGCCAAGGGAUGGUGCCACCUACAGCAAGGCAUUAUCCAGGUGUGAACCAGCUAUCUUCCAGUCUGGGAGGAUUAAGUCUACAGAGUUCUCCACAACCAGAAAGCCUAAGACCUGUAAACCUCACCCAAGAGAGAAAUAUUUUACCUGUGACUCCUGUGUGGGCUCCUGUACCUAACUUGAAUUUAGAACUCAACAAGUUGAACUGUAGCCCAGAUUCUUUCCGAUGUACGCUGACAAGUAUUCCACAGACACAGGCUUUACUGAAUAAGGCUAAGCUUCCUUUAGGAUUGCUGUUGCAUCCCUUCAGAGACCUUACGCAAUUACCAGUCAUAACAUCAAAUACUAUUGUGAGGUGUCGAUCUUGUCGAACAUACAUCAACCCUUUUGUGUCCUUCAUUGAUCAACGUAGAUGGAAGUGCAACUUGUGCUAUAGAGUUAAUGAUGUCCCUGAAGAAUUUAUGUAUAACCCCCUCACUCGAUCUUAUGGAGAACCUCAUAAGCGACCAGAAGUUCAGAAUUCAACUGUGGAAUUCAUUGCUUCUUCAGAUUACAUGCUUCGUCCUCCUCAACCUGCAGUCUACUUGUUUGUCUUAGAUGUGUCUCAUAAUGCAGUGGAAGCUGGAUAUUUGACGAUUUUAUGCCAGUCAUUAUUAGAAAAUUUAGACAAGCUUCCUGGAGAUUCACGGACAAGAAUAGGAUUCAUGACCUUUGACAGCACUAUUCAUUUCUACAAUUUACAAGAAGGGCUGUCACAGCCUCAGAUGUUGAUUGUGUCUGAUAUAGAUGAUGUUUUUCUACCUACACCGGAUAGUUUACUUGUGAAUCUGUAUGAAAGUAAAGAGCUUAUAAAAGACUUACUGAACACAUUACCAAACAUGUUCACCAAUACAAGAGAAACACACAGUGCCCUUGGUCCUGCACUUCAGGCUGCCUUUAAAUUAAUGUCUCCAACAGGUGGCCGUGUGUCUGUAUUUCAGACACAGUUACCUUCCUUGGGUGCAGGACUUCUGCAAUCCAGAGAAGAUCCUAAUCAAAGAUCAAGUACAAAGGUGGUACAACAUCUUGGCCCUGCAACUGAUUUUUACAAGAAACUCGCUUUAGAUUGCUCAGGACAGCAAACUGCAGUGGAUCUGUUCCUUCUGAGUUCGCAGUAUUCUGAUCUUGCCUCUCUGGCUUGCAUGUCCAAGUACUCUGCGGGAUGCAUAUUUUAUUACCCAUCUUUCCACUCUACUCACAAUCCUGCACAAGCAGAAAAGUUACAAAAAGACCUGAAGCGGUACCUCACGAGAAAGAUUGGAUUUGAAGCUGUUAUGAGAAUAAGAUGUACUAAAGGUCUUUCAAUGCACACUUUUCAUGGAAACUUCUUUGUCCGCUCCACUGAUUUAUUAUCUCUGGCCAACAUCAAUCCUGAUGCGGGGUUUGCAGUACAGUUGUCAAUUGAAGAAAGUCUGACAGAUACUUCCUUAGUGUGCUUUCAAACAGCCCUGUUAUAUACAUCAAGUAAAGGUGAGCGGAGAAUUCGCGUGCAUACACUCUGUUUGCCAGUGGUAAGCUCACUUGCAGAUGUGUAUGCAGGAGUGGAUGUACAAGCUUCUGUCUGUCUUCUGGCAAACAUGGCUGUGGAUCGAUCUAUUUCCUCAAGUCUGUCAGACGCAAGAGAUGCCUUAGUGAAUGCCGUCGUAGAUUCACUGUCUGCCUACGGCUCUACUGUCUCCAGUGCUCAGCACUCGGCAUUGAUAGCACCAGGCUCACUCAAGCUAUUUCCUCUCUAUGUGCUGGCACUUCUCAAACAGAAAGCCUUUAGAACGGGUACAAGCACACGCUUGGAUGAUCGUGUAUAUGCCAUGUGUCAGAUAAAGUCCCAGCCACUUGUUCAUCUAAUGAAAAUGAUUCAUCCCAAUUUGUACAGGAUAGACAGAUUGACAGAUGAGGGUGCCAUACAUGUUAAUGAUAGAGUUGUGCCUCAGCCUCCUCUUCAGAAACUGUCUGCAGAGAAGUUGACCAGAGAAGGUGCUUUCCUCAUGGACUGUGGCUCUGUUUUUUACAUUUGGAUUGGGAAAGGUUGUGACAACAACUUUAUAGAGGAUGUUCUCGGGUAUCCUAAUUUUGCAUCUGUACCACAGAAAAUGACACAUCUUCCAGAGCUAGACACACUUUCAUCAGAAAGGACCAGAUCCUUCAUAACUUGGCUUCGAGACAGCAGACCGUUAAGCACAGUGCUUCAUGUGGUAAAGGAUGAGAGUCCUGCCAAAAUGGAAUUCUUUCAGCAUUUAAUUGAAGACCGGACAGAAGCUGCAUUCUCUUACUAUGAAUUUUUGCUUCAUGUUCAGCAGCAGAUUUGCAAGUGAGGCAGAAUAAUUGAGUGAGAAUACAAGGGUCUCUAACCUAGGCAAAGCCUACUCUGUCCAAGAAGCACAUAGGAAAUUGGGAAUGAUGGUAUUUGUGGUUACAAGACACUACUGCACAGCACUGGGGUUUUGGCAGGAGACAAAGGGGAAGAAGGACCUUGACAGACUUUCUUCAGCCUGCGUUACAGUCAUGACAAUGCUGCUCCACCAAGCAUAUCUGAGGUGGUUUCUACACAUUUCUGACCGUGUAGCAGUACAAUGCAUUCCUCAUUGCAAGCCAGCCAAUACAUGUAGCUGUGUGGAAUGACAUGUCAUAAUACAAAAUUAGAUAAAGAUUCUUUUCUUAUAAUUAAUAUGACAUUCUGGACUUCAGCUCUGACAAGAAAUGCCAGAAGGCAAUGGUACUGUGUUAUUGUUUGUAUGGAUUACUUUUUAACAAGGAAUGAUUCAUAUUCAUUAAAUGAACUCAACAUUUUCCCUGUAAAGGCAAUGGAGUUUCAAUUCAUGGACUAUAGAAGAAAUAUAUAUAAUGUACAUAAAUGUUACAUUUGUAAAGAAAUGUAAAAAUGUAACUACAGUAUGAAUUGCUGAAACUGUGAUAUUGUUGGAUGACAACUCUUUUUGUCACAGUUAGGGAAUGAGGUUGACUAAUGCAUAUUAUGAAUUGAGUCCACAAAGGAAACAAAACUCUUUGUAAUUCUGUUAAAUCUUUUAUGUGGAUUUAUUUAUGAUCAGCCUACUAAUUAAAGAUAUUUUGCUUGA